AGGUCUAGCGCCGCCGCUCUCCUCUUCUCCUCUCUCCCAAACAUUCAAUCAGAGUCUCCGGCGAUGGGCCAAAAGCGUGCCACCAAGAAGUCGGCGCAGCCGCCGCCGCCGCCGCCGCCUCCACCUCCACCUCCGGCUGGCUCGUCUGAGGAGGAAGACUCUCGGUCGCGAUCCGAAGAGUCGGAGGACGAAGCCGUGUCCCAUACCCCCACCCCCACCCCAAGCAAGCCGCUUGCGCCGCCGCAAAGGGCCGAUGAGUCCGAUAGCUCUGACGAUGAUGAAGAGGGGGAUGAUGAAGAGGAGGAGGAGGCCCCCAACAAUCCUCCUGCACCGCCGCAAAAGGGCGAGGAGUCCGAGAGCUCUGACGACGAGGAAGAGGGGGAUGAUGAAGAGGAGGAGGAGCCCGCCCACCUAGCCGCCCCCUCCGCUCCCAAGAACCAACCUCCGCCGCCGCAGCAGAGCAAGGAAUCGGACGCCUCCGACGAAGACGGCGAGUCGUCCGAGUCCGACGAGGAGGCGCCGCCGCCGCCGAAGCAGGCUCCGAAGCGACAGGCGGAUGCCAUCAAGCCGCCGUCGGCCAAGAAGGCGCGCCUGGCCUUCCACCGCAUCUGGUCCACCGACGACGAGGUCCGGAUCCUCGAGGCCCUCGCCGCGCACCAAAGGCAGCACGGCGCGCUGCCGCAGCCCGACGCUCUCAUCGGCGCCCUCGCUGGAAAGCUCGACAACCGCGCCUACGGCAGCAAGGAGCUCCAGUCCAAGCUCCAAACCCUGAAGAAACGGUACGUCGUUCUCAGCAGCAGGGGCGAGCUCCCGAGCAAAGAGCACGACCGCCGACUCUUGGACCUCUCCAAAAUGGUCUGGGGCGGUGACAAGGCUGCCCCUGCUGCUGCUGCGGAAGCAGCGAGUGGCCGUGAAGUGAAGGGCUUUGAUGAGAUGUGUGAGCUGUACCCGUACCUAGCGGAGGAGGUGAAGAAGCUGGAGGCGGCACACCCGGGCAUGUUCAAGAGGGUGUUCGGGAAGAUGGACGAUGGCAAGGCACGUGCAAUGGACGAGAAGAUCAAGAAGCAGAGAGUGGCGCAGAUGAAGGUGGAGCUGCGCCGCACCGAUCUGACCAAGGAGGUGAGCAAGGCGAUUACGGAGCUGGUCGACUGAUGGGAUUGUUGGGAUGAUGUUACCUGAUCAGUAUGGAUUAUCACCUGAAAUCGGCGCUGAACGGCAGAAUGCUGGAACUGCAAAUUGUGUCAUCUCGCAGUAUAAGAAUAUUUUGUGUCGAUAAGAGCAGCAUAUGCUAGACAUUCAUAGUCUGGCAUCUUGAUGGUGUAAGAAUGUAAUUUGUGUGAUGAGAGCAUGCUCCAAGUGCACAUUGUGGCAAUUUUGGUGGUAUAAGAAUGUUUUUUCUCUAA